UUAUGCAACAGUGUUGUUCUUAAAUGUUUGUGGAGACUUCAGUGUGUACUGCACACAUAUCUGAAAACAAUCUCCUGGUGGUGACAAGACAGAGAUUUUCCGUAAUCGGGAAGGAUUUUUUUCCUUGAAAGUUAAAACAAUCAGUGAGGCUGAUUUAAAAAUAAGAAACAU